AUGAAGGCCAACUCGGAGCUAGCUUGGGACAACUACAGGAAGUCUCAGCAAGCUUACAAAAAGUUAAUAAGAACCAGCAAGAGGACGGCCUGGAAGACCUUCUGCAAAGAAACCGAGGCACUACCCGUACUUGCCAGGUUAAGGAAGGUCUUCACGAUAGGCCCCUCGCCGAGGUUGGAUCGCCUCAGACUUUCCAACGGAAGCCUGACGAAUAACCACAAAGAAACACUAGAACACCUUAUUCAAACACACUUCCCAGGCUCAGUAACAGAGGAUCGGGAGCGGCGCCGUAGCGAUACCGCACGCACCGACCCUGUUCCAGCGGACUGGGAAAUAGCUGAAAAGGUGAUAAAUACGGACAGGGUGAAGUGGGCCAUCGGCUCCUUCAAAAGGUUCAAGAGCCCAGGCACUGACGGCGAUCUUCCCAGCACUCCUCAAGAGGGUGGAGAGGACCUGUACAGGCGACUGGGCCAGAUCUUCAAAUCCUGCCUAGCGAAGGGCUAUGUAUCCAAAGCCUGGAGAUACUUCAAGGUAGUGUUCAUCCCGAAACCAGGAAAGAACAACUAUGACCUUGCCAAGUCGUAUAGACCCAUCAGCCUCACCUCUUUCUUGCUUAAAACGCUGGAGAGGCUGGUUGAGGUACAUCAGAGACGAGGUAUUGGCUAG